UCAAAGGAUCAGUAGGAUUGUAUUGAUACUGGUUUUAGACAACCUGUCAAGCAAGAUGUAAAGGAUGUCAAAUCUGAUGGUGAUAACUGAGUGUGACCAAGCUGGAAAGAAAAGAAGAGCCUCCAACAAACUUAGGUUUGCUAAGCUCACCAUCUUGAAAGACAGGAACUGAACAGUCCUUGCACAAUGUCCUUGGCAAUUGAAACCACAGGGUCCCGGGUGCCUCUCCCUCUCCCGACCCACUUCUCUUACGCAGAGCAGUCCUUUUCCCUGAAAAAGCGCCGACUCCCUUUUUCAUCGUCAUCUACAUCCAACUCAUCGUACUCCUCCCCUGCUCGGCUCUCACAUUCUGUGCCCCCGCUGCCACCAUCCAAGGGAUGUCCCCCUCUAAGCAGGAUGUUCCCCCAGCAACCGUCACCCUGGACACCCCUGUCUUGUUCCCUUCGUAAGUCUCCCCCUCCAGAUUCUGUAUAUGAUCCCAGCAAACAGCAGUCCUAUUUCAGUCAGUGCUUCACUAAUUUGGGCUUGCUGGGACGAGGAUCCUUCGGAGAGGUCUACAAGGUGCAAAGCAACGAGAAUGGUUGGCAGUAUGCAGUCAAGCGCUCUGCUCAUCGCUUCAGGGGCAAUAGUGAGAGGAACCGGAGUGUGAGGGAAGCCAGGAACCACGAGCACCUGUGUCCUCACCCUCACAUCCUGAACUUUGUGGCAGCCUGGGAGGAGUGUGGCCGACUGUACAUUCAGACAGAGCUAUGUAGCACCAGCUUGCUGCUCCAUGCUGAGAACAAGCCUCCUGGCCCAGACGAACCUGCAGCAUGGGCCUACCUGUGUGACCUCCUCUCAGCACUGCAACACUUGCACUCUCAAGGUUUUGUGCAUCUGGACCUCAAGCCCGCUAAUGUCCUUAUUACUGACUCUGGUCGUCUCAAACUGGGGGACUUUGGGCUGCUGCUUGAGCUCAAACAGAAGAGUACAGAUCCUGUAGAGGAGAAGGUGAAAGAAGAUGUCCAGGAGGGAGAUCCCAGGUACAUGGCCCCUGAGCUGCUCUGUGGGGAGUAUGGACCUGCUGCGGAUGUUUUCAGUUUGGGUGUGUCUAUUCUGGAGCUUGCCUGUAAUAUUGAGGUUCCAAAUGGUGGCGAAGGCUGGCAACAGCUCCGACAAGGCUGCCUGCCCUCAGAGCUGACCAGUGGCCUGUCAACUGAGCUUCAGGAGGUGCUGAGGAUGAUGCUGGCCCCAGACCCAUCUGAGAGACCGACAGUCUCUGAGCUUCUUGCCCUCCCCUCUGUUUGGAAACACAGGUGGAAGAGGCGGGUCUAUCUUAUGGUCGCAGAGACAAUGUUAACACUGGUGUCCCUCUGCCAGAUGGUGGUGUGCUUUGGGUGUAGACUCCUGUCCUCCCUUCACUUGUCUUUCCUUCCUCAUUGGACUAAACCAACGCCCUGCACUCCUCCUAAGGAUAGCUGGGACAAGGAUUUAACCCUGCCCCUCAGUGCCAUGCAUGCUGACUCGGGAAGCCCAGGGGAUGAUGCAGUGUUUAUGUUGGAUGCCAGAGACCCAGAGCUUUCCCCCACCUUCUCACACAGGGUAAAAUCCAGACUGUCUGUGGAAAGCACGUCCACUCCUCUCCCAGGUUCGCAGACGCACAAUCAUCGAAGUCCUGCCCACACACCCACUCACUCAAAUGUGGGCGACUGGUCAUGUAACUUAGCGCAGACCCCCUCCAGCAUCCACUCAAAUGGUUCCUGCCACAUACUGACACCCAGUGCGAGCCCCAUACACGCAGAGCUCCACACAGGCACCAUGAACGAAAACUCCACGCACAGCCAACAGUCUUCAUCUAGCAAGUCCUCGCUGCAACGUGGUCACAACUGGCUCCGAACAGAGGAGGCUUUACCCCGACCCAACUUUGAACCCAAGAACCUGCUUAGUCUGUUUGAGGAAACAACUCUAGAGGGACAAGAACCAUGAGUACAAGUACUGCCAGUUUACAUUCAGGGGCAAAGUAUUUCACUUUAAAAAGGUAAAGAGGACCUAACGUAUGAAUGUACCAAGUUUACUACUUAGUUUGUAUGAUCUGCUUUUGCCAUUUUGUAACAGUCCUACGACAUAUUCUUGUGACAUGUAUUUGUAAAAAAAUAACUAAUUUAGGAAAAAGGCUUGAAUAUGUAGUCAGACCUUUAAAGCACUUUUUAUGUAUAUGUAAAUGCAGUCUGUUGCUGAAAUGACAAGUCAUGAUGUAUUGUUAAAUAAGUUAUCAUUAGCUUGGUGUACUCUGAGUCAUUCACCUCAUGAGUCACAAAAGAAAAUAAAACAUGGAGGAAAACAAUA